AUGGAUGUUUCCAAGUUUGUUUCAUUUCCCUCCCUAUUCGCUGUUUCAGUAACGCUAGCACUCCUAGCGCUGGUAGCCUGUCUUUAUUUACUGAAUGGAGAAAAGGCAAAGCUCCCACCAGGCCCGCGAGGGCUGCCUAUUUUGGGUAACCUGCUGGACCUCGGUUCGAAUCCCCACCAGUCUCUCCACGCUCUUUCCAAGCGCUAUGGUGGCCUCAUGUAUCUCAAAUUAGGCACCACUCCCGCUCUCAUAGCUUCCUCACAGGAGGCUGCAGUUGCCAUUCUCAAGACUUUUGAUUCCGAUUUCGCUAACAGACCGGAAAACAUGGGAGCGGCUGCAGAUAUUCUCUUGUACGAUAGGAGCGACAUCACCAUGUCUUCCCAGUGGCCUAUGCUGCGAAAACUCUGUAUCUUCCACCUCUUGACCCCCAAAUGUCUGCUCAAGUGGCAGCAGUUCCGAGAAGAGGAGAUGGUACUGUUGCUCGCCUCUAUCUUUAAACAACGAGCCAGUGCUAUAAAUGUGGGAGAUUUUGUUAAUGUCUUUACUUCUAACGUUAUUGGAGAGAUGACGCUGAGGAUGAGACUAUUUGAUGAGAAUAAUGCAGAGGCCCAACAUUUCAGAGAGCUAAUGGAGGAAUUCUUAAUCGAGGGUGGUCGUUUUAGGAUUGGAGAUUUCGUUACUUUCUUAGAUUGGAUUGGGUUGGGUGGUUCUCUUGAUCAGGCCAAGAGUUUGAAGAAGCGCCUUGAUGAGUUUCUAGUGAGGAAGAUGGAGGAACAGAAGCGCAUGCUUCUGUUUAGAGAGGACAAUGACAACAAGGACUUUUUGCAAAUUCUCUAUGAACUCAAAUCUAGUUCUGUCGAAGAAGGAGGCCAACUUUCCGAGUCUAAUAUCAAAGGCAUUUUAUUAAACAUGAUUGCGGCAGGAACCGACACGGCUACCCGCACGGUGGAAUGGGCGAUGUCCGAGCUGAUUCGCCAUCCCCAUCUGAUGAAGAAAGUGAGAGACGAAGUGGAUGCAUGCGUGGGAAUGGAAGAGAGAGUAACAGAAUCUCAUCUUCCUCACCUCAAAUAUUUGGAAGCGGUUGUGACGGAAACUCUUCGACUGCAUCCUCCAACGCCACUAUUGCUUCCUCACGCAUCCCCAAAAUUUUCAAGCAAGAUAAUGGGGUAUUUAAUUCCCCCCAACUCACACGUAAUGGUGAAUGUGUGGGCCGUAGCAAGAGAUCCAGAUGCGUGGGAGAAGCCGCUGGAAUUUGAUCCAGAUCGCUUUGUGGACAAUCCUGUUAAUCUGCAUGGAAGGGACUUCCGAAUAAUACCGUUCGGUGCAGGGCGAAGAAUGUGCCCGGGCUAUAAUCUGGGCCUCCGUAUGAUUCAUUUUGCGCUUGCAAGCUUUGUUCAUGCAUUUGAUUGGUCGCUUCCAUCUGGUGAAGAACCCCAAGAUUUGGACAUGAGUGAGAAAUAUGAAGUCUCAAUUCACAGGAAUGUUCCUCUCAAACUGUUCGCCUCUCCUCGUCUAGCUACUUAUCUUUAUAACCCCCAGGUUCAUAUUAAUCGACGUAUAAGCUGUUUCUUAGGGCCAUAG